AUGGGAGCGGCGCUGGCCAGGGCGGCCCAGUGGACCUCCGCCGGCUCUGGACGCGGCACGCUUGAGAUCACCCCCUUGAACGAAUCCCUCCUGAAUGAAAUCAUUAAGUUUGUGGAGGGCUUCAGCAGCCGGCAUCCGCGGGAGGCGGCGUUCGUCUUCCGAGAGCCCCUCGAGUGGAGGACGCAGCUGGGGGGCUCGGCCUUCGGCGCGGGCUACCAGGGCGAUGGAACAACUGUUGAGUCUGAAGCCAAAAGUAAAGAUGGACAACCAUUGCUCCUCCUCACAGGAUCAACUAUCAAAGUUCGCAGUUUUGACCAGCUGUCCUAUUUGCUACAUAUUGCAAUGGAAAAAAAGUUAAAGGAAGCACAAGCAUGCCUUGAAGCUAAUAGGGAUCCUAUAGUGAAUAUCCUUGGCCCUGGAUAUGGGACUGUUGAAGGAGAAGAUAUGUCCAUGUUGCAUUUACUUGACAAAGUGAAAAAAGAUGAUGACCCUGAAACAGAGAUUAAAAUGAAAAUCUUUAUACUUCUUAAUCAGCUGGAUAUGCAACUGCUUAAUAGUUCUUUAAAACACAUUUCACAAGAGGUAAGACUCAGUCCAGAUGCUGUAAAUAAUGAGGUGAAUCUUCUCAAGCAUUUCUCUGGGAAAGGAGAAGAUACAGUACUGGAAUCACUGGAAUAUACAUCAGAUUACACAUUCUCUAAUGGAUGCCGAGCUCCUCCCUGGAGACAAAUGCAUGGAGAAAUUUGUUAUUUAAUCAUCAAACCACAUGAUACUGAUCCUUUGUGUAUCACCUGCAGCACAGCAGGAGUGUAUUUAAAUGGAGGUAAGCUAAAGGAGAAAGAUGAUAUCGAUUAUGAAAGAAAAAGUGACAUAUAUAAAGAUAUUGUCACAUUUUUAAGGGAAAAAUCAGCAAAAUUUGUAGAAAAUAUGUCUAAACAGGAAUAUAACUUUUUUAAAGAAACUGCAUCUGCGAAGUAUUAUCAGCAUGUGGAAGCAGUUGAUGCUGAGGACUCCAGCCAAUCCCAGAAGCCUUUUAAUUAUACAGAAAAAAAUGUAUAUGAGAAGACAAAAAGUUCUUCUGCAAAAAGCAAGUCUGCUGACAGCAAAAAACUAGAACCAUCUCUGAAGUGGAAGAAUAUCGUGAGAUCUGUUACCUACAGCAAAUAUUUCAGUGACAGAACCACCAGCAGUUCUCCUGAAUCUGCUGCAAAAUGUAAAACCUCCGAAAAGGAUGAAAUUAGUGAAAGUUCCUCAGAGACUGAGGAAGAUGAAGAGCAGCCUGAACGUCGCCAGGAAGGAAACAUUGAUUUACCAUCAGAAUACUGGCAAAUUCAGAAACUUGUGAAGUAUUUAAAGGGAGGUAAUCCGACAGCUACUGUAAUUGCAUUGUGUUCAAUGAAAGAUUUCAAUCUGGCUCAAGAAACAUGCCAACUGGCCAUUAGAGAUGUUGGAGGUCUUGAAGUGUUAAUUAAUUUACUUGAUACAGAAGAAAUUAAAUGUCAGAUUGGUUCUUUAAAAAUACUGAAGGAAAUCAGUCAGAAUUCACUGAUCAGACAUGCAAUUGCAGAUCUUGAGGGAUUACAGAUCAUGGUGAAAAUACUAGAGUCUCCAGAUAAAGACCUAAAGUGUUUGGCAGCUGAAACAAUUGCUAAUGUUGCUAGGUUUAAACGAGCACGACGGACAGUAAGGCAAUAUGGAGGGAUCAAGAAACUGGUUGGGCUAUUGGAAUGUAUUUCAGUGGGAUCAUCUGCUCUUACACCACCCCAAGCAAAAGAUUUUGAAAUAGCUCGCUGUGGGGCUUUGGCACUCUGGAGCUGCAGCAAAAGCACCAAAAACAAAGAGGCAAUUCUUAAGGCUGGUGGCAUUCCAUUAUUGGCUAAGUGGCUCAAGUGUUCACAUGUAAACAUCUUAACCCCAGUGGUGGGGACACUACAAGAAUGUGCCUCAGAGCAAAGUUACAGACUUGCAAUAAGGAUGGAAGGAAUGAUUGAAGACCUUGUGAAAAAUCUAAGUAGUGAACACGAGGAGCUACAGAUGCUUUGUGCAAGUGCCAUAUUUAAGUGUGCAGAAGACAAAGAAACACGUGACCUGGUCAGACAGCAUGGAGGUCUACAACCACUGUCUGUUUUGCUCGGUAACACUCAAAAUAAGCAACUUUUAGCAGCUGUGACAGGAGCAAUCUGGAAAUGUGCGAUCAGUGGAGAAAAUGUGUCAAAACUUCAGGAAUAUAAAACUUUAGAGGCUUUAGUAGGACUGCUCACUGAUCAGCCUGAUGAAGUCCUUGUAAAUGUUGUUGGAGCAGUGGGAGAAUGUUGCCAAGAGCACAUAAAUCGAACUAUUAUCCGUAAAUGCGGUGGAAUCCCCCCUCUGGUGAAAUUGCUCACUGGAACUGAUCAGGCACUUCUUGUGAAUGUCACCAAAGCAGUGGGAGCUUGUGCAACAGAACCUGAAAAUAUGAUGUAA